AGAGAAAGAGAGAGAGAGAGUGAGGGGCGCGCCCUCCCACACCCAAAACUAUUAACACUUUUCUCCCUCGGAAAAGGUGGCAGCAGUGGAGGUGGCACGGGCUCACAAGUCCAGCAGUUCCGCAUUCCCCCGCCAACGGCGGGUGGCAUCAACGAGCCGCAGGAGUGCCCCUACUGCCGCCGCACCUUUUCCUGCUACUAUUCCCUCAAGCGACACUUCCAGGACAAACACGAACGCUCGGACCAGCUGUACGUGUGCGAAUUCUGCCAGCGCCGCUACCGCACCAAGAACAGCCUGACGACACACAAGAGCCUGCAGCACCGUGGCUCCAGCGGCAUGCUGAAGCGCUUCCUCAAGACCUCCUCAGCCCUCCAUGGCAUUCUGGCUGUCCCGCCACCCCCGCCGCACCUUGCACAGUAGCGGGCUGUGCCCUGAGCUCGUGUAGGCGCCUCGUUAACACGCUGCUGGUCAAGAAGGGAAAUUUUUUUCUUCAUUUAUUAUUUUCUUUUUUGAGGAACUGGAAGGUGGAAUAUUGUUGUCCCUUGUUACAUUUGUAGCCACCGAGUUAAUACGUGUUCUUCUUUUUUAAACUUUCAUACAUUUCGUCAGUUCCCACAUUGUAAAUCGUCAUCCUCAGGUUGUGGUUGUUGUCUAUUUUUGCGUCAUGUGUAAAUGUAAAAUAUUACAUUCUUGUGAAGAUUUCUCAGUAUUGUUCAUGAGAACAAAAUUUGGAACUGUAGUAGUAUGCUUGAAGGUGUUUGUUUGCCAGUAUUUUAUUAUCGGGUGAUGGGAUGACCGACCACUUGUACGCUCUGUACUUAAAGUGUGUUACAAUAUUUUUGAAACUGAUGCUAUUUGUGGACAAGGGAUUGUAAAAGAGCAAACUGAGGUAGUUCAAAUGUAAGGAAGGUGACUGGAGAAAAAGAUUUGGCAUUGGAUUGUGAAAUUUUAAUUUAUUGCGAAUAUUAGAGCCAGAAGAUCAAGUAUGGGUAAGUGUUAUACCGAUCUUAUCUGGUAAAGCUGGAUCUGAUGGGACUGUCAAGAUUACAUUUCAUUAAUUUCAUUUAUAUUUACAGUACACAUGGAAAAAGUCUGCAGUCAUGUAAAGAUAUAGUCAGCACACGAGCUGUUGAAUCUGUGAAGCACCCGAUUGAACAUAAUCCAUUGUCAUUUUUUGGUCACUAAUUCUAAAUAGUCAAUCAUUGUAAAUGCAAUUACUGUGGCUUAAUAGCAUUAGCAGUUCAGUACCUUAAUGAUUUCCAAACUGAUUUCAUUGGUCUUUUAAUAGGUGUUCUAUAUCAUUGUGAUUGCUGUCUCCAUUAUAAGUCGUUUAUGAAAUGUUCUUUAUAAUUUCUUUCAUUUGAGACCUCUUCCGUUCUUCCUUGGUGAGUCUUUGUUGAGAACUUA